AUGCGCCGAGAACUGGCCCAAGCGGCGGCACAGGAGGCUCUUGAUGGCCAGGGAGACGGAGGCCAAGGGCCUACUUCGGGGGCGCUUCCUGUGAGGCGACGCGACGCCACCCACGCACUCACUCCCUUUGCUGUCUCCUGCCGCAGGAUAUUCGGGUGUGGGCGGUGUGGGCGCUGCGGCCUAGACAUCGCGCCCCAAGAGCUGGUGAUGAGGGCCCGUCACCACGUGUACCACCUGCACUGCUUCACCUGCGCCUCGUGUCACGUGCAGCUCCACAAAGGCGACCACUUCGGGAUGCGCGACGGGGCCGUCUACUGCCGCCCGCACUACGAGCUCAUCCUCCAGUCGGAAGCCGAGAUGGAGGCCGUGGGCGUGAACCCGGGCAUGGCAUACCCGCCCCUCUCCCCCGCCACGCCCCGCCUGGCCUACUACAACGGCGUGGGCGCGGCGCAGAAGGGCCGCCCACGCAAGAGAAAGCUACCCACGGAGGAUAUGCCGCCCCUCACGCCCCUUACGCCCGGCAUGGAACUCGUACCGGGCGGAGAAAUGACCGGUAUGGACGGCUACCGGUACGACCACCAGGGGAACACGCAGACGAGGACGAAGCGGAUGAGAACGUCCUUCAAGCACCACCAGCUGAGAACCAUGAAGUCCUACUUCAACCUCAACCAGAACCCGGACGCGAAAGACCUGAAGCAACUGGCGCAGAAGACGGGGCUGUCGAAGCGAGUUUUACAGGUGGGUCUGGCAGGUGGUCCAAUCGAGCCGUUUCUUCCAUGUUUCACGGGGAAUGACGCUCAAAGCACUGACCUUCUAGAGAGCAUACAAGUGUGGUUCCAGAACGCGCGGGCCAAGUGGCGGAGGAACCUCCUCAAGCAAGAGCAAGACCGACACGCGGCGGAGAAGAUGAAGGAGCCUUCGUCCAUCCUGCAGGACCUCCGCCCCGUCGACAGCAUGGGCCCCGCCGGACUCACCGACCUGUACGCCAUGUCCUCCGGAGACGAGGGCAGCCAGUCCCUCCAGUUCACGGACAUCAUCACACUCCGCUAUCAUCCACUCAGCUCAGUCAUAACCAUCAUCACAGUAUUUAUCAGCAUCACCCUAGAUUUUCGUGAGGGAUGCGCCAAAGAUUCAUCUCCCAGCGGCGGAGGUUUUGUCUAG